CCCCCCGGUCCCCACACGAAGCAUGGCGACGGACUCCUGGGCGCUGGCGGUGGACGAGCAAGAAGCGGCCGCGGAGUCGUUGAGUAACCUGCAUCUGAAGGAGGAGAGACCCAAACCAGAGUCCAAUGGCACCGUUGUCAAGACAGAGGAUAAUGCAGAGAAGACAGAAGAAGAGGAAAAGGAGGACCGAGCGGCCCAGUCACUAUUGAACAAGCUGAUCCGCAGCAACCUGGUGGACAACACAAACCAAGUGGAGGUGCUGCAGAGAGAUCCCACGUCGCCCCUCUACUCCGUGAAGUCUUUCGAGGAGCUGCGGCUGAAGCCGCAACUGCUACAAGGUGUCUACGCUAUGGGUUUCAACAGGCCAUCCAAGAUCCAGGAGAACGCGUUGCCUAUGAUGCUGGCGGAACCCCCACAGAACCUGAUUGCACAAUCUCAGUCCGGUACUGGCAAGACAGCGGCGUUUGUCUUGGCCAUGCUCAGCCGAGUAGAACCCGAGAACAAAUACCCGCAGAGCUUGUGCCUUUCCCCGACAUACGAGCUGGCGCUCCAGACUGGAAAGGUGAUCGAACAGAUGGGCAAGUUUUAUCCAGAGCUGCGUCUCGCCUACGCAGUUCGGGGCAAUAAACUGGAGCGUGGCCAGAAGCUUUCUGAGCAGAUCGUCAUCGGCACCCCGGGCACCGUCCUGGACUGGUGCUCCAAGUUGAAAUUCAUAGAUCCCAAGAAGAUCAAAGUCUUCGUCUUGGAUGAGGCAGAUGUCAUGAUAGCCACCCAAGGACACCAAGACCAGAGCAUCCGUAUUCAAAGGAUGCUGCCCAGAGACUGCCAAAUGCUUCUUUUCUCGGCCACCUUCGAAGACUCCGUGUGGAAGUUCGCCCAGAAGGUCGUCCCCGACCCGAACAUCAUCAAGCUGAAGCGCGAGGAAGAGACGCUGGACACCAUCAAGCAGUACUACGUCCUGUGCAACAGCCGCGAGGAGAAAUUCCAAGCCCUUUGUAACAUUUACGGCGCCAUCACGAUCGCGCAAGCAAUGAUCUUCUGUCAUACUCGCAAAACGGCUGGCUGGCUGGCAGGCGAGCUUUCCAGGGAAGGCCAUCAAGUGGCCCUCUUGAGCGGCGAGAUGAUGGUGGAGCAACGGGCGGCGGUGAUCGAGCGUUUCCGAGAAGGCAAAGAGAAAGUCCUGGUGACCACAAACGUCUGCGCCCGAGGGAUUGAUGUGGAGCAGGUCUCUGUUGUCAUCAACUUUGACCUCCCAGUGGACAAAGACGGCAACCCGGACAACGAGACGUACCUUCACCGCAUUGGGCGCACGGGGCGCUUUGGCAAGCGAGGGCUGGCCAUCAACAUGGUGGACAGCAAGCACAGCAUGUACAUCCUCAACAGAAUCCAGGAACAUUUCAACAAGAAGAUCCAUAAACUGGACACAGAUGACUUGGACGAAAUAGAGAAAAUAACUAACUGACGUGCAGCUGCCGGAACUGGCCCGUGCCCUACCAUGGUAGCUCUCCCACUACAAAUUGGAUCAGCAU